CAGAAUCUAUGGCGCUUCCUGAUUGGACUGUAACGCUGGUUGCCACCGCAUCCUUUUUCUUUUUCUUAUAUUUAUGUGUUCGCCACAGACGCAAAGGACAAGCACUCUGGAGGAAAUUGUUGUGCACAAUAAUGGCCCGCACGGAGAAGCCGCUGUUCCGGAUUGCGUACACACUGUACACUAAGACCAGACUUGGCUACAUGUACUACAAGAGGCAAAUGAGGAAAGCCAGAGAACAUUACCCUGCUGGACACUCCACAGCUCAGCCCAUGGAGGUUAAUGGUAUCAAAAUAAUUCCUAUCCCGGUCCUGUCCGACAACUACAGCUAUCUUGUAAUUGACACAGCCGCCAGUGUGGCAGUUGUUGUCGACCCUGCGGACCCCCAAACCGUUCAGGCAGCUCUUAAGGAAGAGGGAGUGACUUUAGAAGCAAUACUCUGUACACACAAGCAUUGGGAUCACAGUGGGGGAAACAAAGGGUUGAAAAGGAUUCACAGCUCAUGCAGAGUUUAUGGAAAUGCAGCUGAUAACAUUCCUGGCCUCACGCACCCUCUCUCACACAAGGACUCGGUAAGAGUCGGCCGUAUGCACUUUAAGGCCCUCUUCACUCCUGGACACACAGUGGGCCACAUGAUCUACCUCCUGGAGGGCCAGGUGGUGGACGCACCCUCCAGCCUCUUCUCUGGUGACCUGGUGUUCCUCUCAGGAUGUGGGAGGAUGUUUGAAGGCAGUGCCACAACAAUGCUGUCGUCUCUGGACACGGUGGCCUCCCUGAGUGAUGAAACUCUAUUAUGGCCUGGUCAUGAGUAUGCGGAGGACAACCUACUGUUUGCGGCUGAAGUCGAGCCUCGCAAUGCUGCCAGAGAAAACAAAUCUCAGUGGGUGCUACAGCAGCGGGGCCAGAAGCUGUGCACGAGUCCGUCCACCAUCGGCGAAGAGAGGCAGUACAAUCCUUUCCUGCGCAGCCACUCGGCGGAUCUCCAUCUGGCCCUGGGCGUCCAGCAGUUCCAGGAUGAAGACUGGACCCAGUUCAGAGCGCGGGUGCUGGAGGAGCUGCGUAAGCGCAAAGACCUCUUCAACAGGAGAUAGUGUUUUAACCAGAUGGCCAGCUAAGCAAUGGCCAACAGAGGAAUGAGCUCACCUGUUCUGGAAAGUGGUACGUUUUAAAGACAACGAGCGGAGCUACGAGGUGCUGACUGAAACGUUACGUCUGUUCAAGGAAACCCGUUUUGUAAAUUCAAAAGGGCAUUUUAGACCACUAGGAACAUAGUCACAACUUAAUUUGUACAUGAUACUAAUCAAUAAGCCCAUUACCUCUACACAUGUAUUUCAAGUUGAUUUUGCUUCGAUAGACAGAACAAUGCUAAAUUAUUCCUCUUUAACGUAGAGACAUAAACGGAUGUCGAUUUUUACAAGCAGAUUUCUGCCUCUGGUGCGUGAAACUAAAUAAUAGCCGGUCUGCGUACUACAUAGGUUAAUUUAGCAUGUUAGGUACUGUGUUUUUACUGCGUAGUCUGUUUUUUAAAGUAAUUCAUUGUUUUAAAAACCUUCCAUGAAACUCUUUGGGAAGCUGGUUUCACAUUUACAGUGUUGCUGAAGACCGAUUAACUUCUCCGUGGAUGUUGGGAGUUUUUGGACUUGAGUAUUUAAUUGUGAAUAUUUGUUUUUGUCGUAUUGUUUUCAACAACGAUGGUACAGUUAAUCUAACAGACAUCACCAAGACUCCUUGCUGUCGGUGUUGGCACAAUGUACAGGGAAGAAAAGAAGCCCGUACGCGAGCCUUUCGUGUGAAUUUUUGAUGAAUCCAUGAGCCGGUUGUGUUUUGUGAAGAGAUAAUUGCUGACAUUAGUUCUUUACAAUGCUUGUAGUUGGUCUAAUAGUUUUUAAAAAAUAAAAAAGUUACAUUGUAUUAUUCACUUCACAUUCGAUUCUCUGAGGCCCACAAGUAUUAGAGGUUCAGCCCUUGUUUGUAGAGGCAGAAUGAAUAGGAUUGGCCGGUUGGGGUCUGUAAACACAACACUCAAGGACGACCCCUCCUCCCCCGGGUUCAACGACACUAGAAGUGCCCGCCCCCUGAUCGGUUCAAGGUUCAAGGUUGUGUUAUUUGCCAUUUGUGCAUAGACCAACAGUCCAGACACAUUGGAAUUAUUGUGCAGGCCUCUCUCAGUCAACACUUUAGAAAAUAAAAACACACUAUAAUAAGAAAGAAAAAUAUAAAAAAACACUAUACAGAAGGUGGUAAUGUGUACAAAAUGUGUGAACGUCAAUAUCCAGAUUUGCUGUCGGUUUGGAACGAGCUUUGUCCGCUUGACGUUUCGCCCAGUUAAAUAUAUGUGUUUGACAUUUCCGUAGCUUCUUCUUGGAUGCAUGCUUACGAUGUGGCACCUGGUCGCUUUAUUUGACUCCCAGAAACAUUCCGAAAAAUAGCAAAAUAAGAGAAUACGUCUCUGCACUGCUGCACACCUCAUAUGUUGUUGUUUUUUUUUUGAGAGGGAUUGUUUUGGAGUCUGCACGUUGUUUCUGAGGAACAUCCUACUCAUUCUGCAUUUUAUAACUCAUUGUUUCACAUUCAGAAUUAUAAUGUGUCUCAAUAGCACUGCGAGAACAUGAACAACAAGUGUGAAGGAUUUGUAUUGUAAUGUAUGAAAUGGGACUGAAUUACUGUUGAAGAGAUGAUUUCUUAUGUUAACCCGUAAUGGAGAUAAUAAACAUACAGGGUGAUGUUGAAUCAA